ACUCUAUCGUCUGGCUCCCAUACAAAUACCCCCGUGCAUCUGUGUCGACUUCACUUCCCUGAGUCGGGGUCGUAUUAUCUACCUUGACUGUGGGUGAAGUUGGGCAGUGUUGUCUCCUCGAGGAGAGCUGAGAUAUCUUUUUAGAGAUACAGAGCCAGCUUCUUCGCAAUGGAGACUACAUUUAUGACCAUUCACAACCUUAGCCGCGAGGCCAACAUUCUGUUUGCUUCCGAGUCUAUCGUUGAUAUCUUAGGCUUUCAGCCAGAAGAAGUCAUUGGCAGAUCAAGUUUUGAUUACUUCCAUCCCGAUGAAGUUUUCAAUGCCAGAACGAUUCACAGCCGUGGUGUCCAGAUGGACAAGGCUGCCGUUCUUCACUAUGCUCGAAUUCAGAACCGAGAUGGACAGUGGGUUGGCUGCGAAUGUGUAUUUACCAUUGUCUACGAGGUCUUAGUCGCCUGCACCAGCGUCUACAGAGGAGAUGCAAAAAGCGAGCGCCGAGCUGUGGAAGCUCCAGUGAUACGUCGUCUCUUUGCAUCUUCACCAAGAGAUCCACGAUAUCAUAUGCUGGAACACUUAUCCUCCAAGUUCAGAACUCCGCCUCAAGCAUCUUUAUUGGAACCUCGAGCUGCUUUGAUACUCAACCGCUUCACUCGCACGCUCACUGUCAUGUACGCGACGAAUGCCGUUAACAGCAUCCUCGGAAUAUCUCCAGAGGAGUUCAAGGACAAAAGUUUUUACGAGUGCAUGCAAGAGAACUGUCUGCCAGAAGCUAUUCGAUGCCUGGAAAGUGCAAAAGCCAACGAUUCCAUUGCGUACCUUCGAUUCUGGCACCGAAAUCCUCGUCGAGAGGAAGAGAUUGAGGAAGAGCUUGACGAGGAAAUGCGCGAGGCCAGUCAAAGCAGUGACUCCGAGGAUGGAGGUGUGGAGCUUCAUGGCCACAUGGAUAUCGACUAUGUUCCAGCAGUAAGAAACACCUCGUCUGGUGCUGCUGCUAAUACCGAGACCUCUGGAAAUGAGGAAUCUUCGAGUAUGGCGGCAAACCUUCACCCUAGGGACAACAUGCGGACAUCGUCGGGGGAGAGCACAGAUCUUGAGCAAGAUGCGGCCCAUGCUAUCUUUGAUAAGGAGCAAGUGUCGCGUUCGUCGACGUCGUCUUUAGCGCUCGUGUCUCCUGAAGAGCGUGUCCAAAGAAGGAGAACAGUCUCUCAAAGGCCUGCUCCUGCGCCGGAGCCUAUCGAGAUCGAGGCUGUUGUCUCCUGUACCUCAGAUGGAUUGGUAGUAGUUUUGCGACGAGCUCGUCCAGCCAUACCGUCUCUGCACCAGCCUGUUCAUCCUAUUCAGGCCCCACAAUAUGAAAAUGGUCUGUUUGCUGCUCCUUGGGGCCUAAACCCGAUCCAACCUCAUCUAUACCAACCCAAUCCGCAGCAUCCUUUUCAGCACGGUCUGCAAGCUCCUCAGCUACCAGCUGGUGGACCACCGAUAGCCGAGUUCAUGAAUUCGAUUCGGGAGGUUGCUGUCUUUGCUUGGUCCUUGACAGGCAUUAAUGGAAACAUUGCCUCAUAUGGGCAUGGUGUUCCUCGAGGAGAAAGUCAGCCGCCUGGUGGACUUCCCAUCUGGGAUCCUUAUGCCCAGCCAAGCUUCGGCUAUUUUCCGCCUGUGAAUCAAGCUGCCCAAAGAUGGGCUCGUCUGGGCGAGAAGACCAAUGAGCCUGGUGAUGGAAACCAAGUGCCUCCUUAUCAACACCAUCGCCAGCAGCAACUCCUUGAGAGGCACGGCUAUGCCCACGAAUCAUCUAUGGUUAUGGGGCCUAAUCAUUCCGGCUCGACGAUGGACCGACCUGCUCCAGCUUAUACGUUUGAGCCCCAACUCGGUCACAAUCCAGGACGCCACAGCUGGGGAUCUCCCCCACGAGCAGUUGAGCAACCACAAACUACACAACCACAGAGUUCCCAAAGUCCAAGAGAAGUGGCAUUUGGAAAACAGGAUCCCUGGGUCUAGGUGGAUUACAUACUGGGAAUAUUUCAGGAUCAAUUUAGCUCCAUAUCUUCUUUAUAGGCGAAUUAGAAAAAUUGGGAAUACGGAGUUUGGAGUGGGAAUAGCUGCAACUGUCCUAUUUCUCAAGUUGUAAUUUUUCUGUAUGACUAAUGAAUAUACCAAUCUUUUGCUGCGGA